AUGUUUUGGAGAUUCGGCUUCCAUAAUGCGUCCGCAAUCGACUCCCUCCUCGACAAGGAGGACGUCGCUCUGGAAGCUAUUCUUGACGAGGACGACCUCCUUCAGGAGUGCAAAGCGCAAAACACGCGGCUUAUCGACUAUUUCUCCCGCGUCAAUGUGCUGCAACGCUUGCUGGGAUACGUAACGGGGCAGAUCGAGGGCGACGACAAGGGCAGUUUCAAAUAUCCCUAUGUUGCGACCGAAGUCUUGUGCAGCGAAAUAUGGUCCAUAGUGGAGACUUGUACCAGUCAUCCGGACCAGCUGCUCGUGCCCUUCUGGGAGACCGUCCUGGACAAGUCCCCGGAAGAGAUGAAGAGCCAGGUGAUGAUGGCCGCUCACUUUGCAAAAGUUAACGUUGCCUUCCUGAGCAAGAAACCCGCGGAGAUGCUUGCGUUCAUCCAAGCACAACCUAACAUUGUCGAACGGAUUCUACGACAUAUAGAGUCGCCCCCCUUCGCGGACCUCCUAGUCCGAAUCAUCCAGCUAGACGAACAUCCCGCUGGAGCUGGCGUUCUCGAAUGGUUAUCCAACGAAAACCUCAUGUCGCGCCUCAUCGACCUAUUAUCACCAGUGCAUAGUCCCGACAUGCACACAGUCGUCGCUGAGCUCAUCAAGGGCAUCAUUUCUAUGGCAGCGCCAUCUCCAGCUGCCGGCAUCUCUGAUGGACUGAACCACCCUCCUGCGUCGAAUGUCUUCGCCCGAGAGCUUGCGCACCGGGAUAGCGUCACGAAACUCGUCAGCUUCAUCCUAUGCGACUUCGGUCCUGAUGCAGACGUCAAGGGAAAGGUCGAUGCUUCUUAUACUCCAGAAUCUGCUGCGUCCUCAGUCAUUCAAUCCAUCUGCAUCAUCAUCGAGCUUAUACGGCAGAACAACUCGGACUACUUUGAGCCCUACCUCUUCCACACAGUACGUCAGCGCCUCAUACAAGUCCAACAGCAACUGCAGAUGAACCAGGAAGGCGCACGAGAAGGCUUAGAGGCAGCUAUGAAGGAGAUGGUCAAUCGCAUGGGUGUUGUUCAUCUUGGCCCGGUCCUGGAGCUUAUGUGCGAUCACCUCGACAAGCUACAGCGGUACCUCAAGGGGCCUCGAUCUCUGAACGGACCUGUCCUAACCACUCUUGGAGCACUACCGCCGCUCACGUUCGAGCGUUAUCGAAUAUGCGAACUAUAUGCGGAACUCCUGCAUUGUUCGAACAUGUCGCUGCUCAACCGUCCGCAAGAGUACGACCAUUUGUACGACGCCCAAGGUCGUUUGCAGGGCGGUCUGUCUGCUCUUGAGGAACUGGCGCAGGUCAUUGCCAUCGGAAAUGGGUCUGGUAACGACGAUGGGAUGGACGACGACGACGAAGACGCUGAGACGGAGUCUGCUCAUGAGUUUCCCGUAUCACACGCACCAUCGUCGUCCCUGAUCGACUCCGACGAGGAUAUGAGCGGUGGCAGUUCGGACGAGGAGGCCAUGGAGGAGAUUGCCAUGUACGAUUCCCAACACGAACCGACUUCCAGUCUUCAGGGGUCUCCCUCCGAACAGCCCUCAAAUCGAGUCGGUUCACCCAUUAGGUUGUCGGCGCCCAUACCCGCUGUGUCGACAUCACCUGGCGACAUUUCUUCUUUCCCGCAACGUCAGAACUCCUGGCAGUCGGAUACAGAGGGUCCUCAAUCUAGACCGCGUUCAGCUAGUUCGCGUAGGAGCAUUCGGAGAUCUAAGUCAGAAUUGCCCAUUGGUCGUCCAGUGCUCGGAGAGAGGCUCAAGCAGCGUUUCCUGGAAGCCAAUGUGGCGUCGACAUUGCUGGACCUGUUCUUCGAGUUUCCCUGGAAUAACUUCUUGCACAGCGUCGUUUACGAUCUCAUACACCAGAUUUUGACUGGGAGGGUCGACGGCGGGUACAACCGGGAAUUGACAGUCGCCUUGUUUCGUGACGCAAGGCUCAUGCACCGCAUCAUUGAGGGUUCAAAACGCAACGAUGCGGAGAGCGAGAAACCUAAGGGCGUCAGGUUAGGCUACAUGGGCCACUUAACGCUCAUUUCCGAGGACGUUAUCGGUGCCCUGGAACACCUUCCUCCCGACCUCCGCCUGCAGAUCGCUCAGUACGCGCCUCAACCUGAGUGGGAUGAGUACGUCACUGGUCGCUACAAAGAAACCAAGAAGAAGGAUACCAGUCUUCUUGGCGGAGGCAAGCCAGUCGUUGCUCCAGCUAUGCGGAAUGGUGCGGCGCAAUGGAAGGUCGACGAGGCAGACGCAGUUGCAGCGGCAGCUGGGCGUCCAGCGGGGGAUGAGAAACAAGGAGGACCGGAAGUGAAGGGCGAAUUCCGGAGAACAUCAAGUCGAAGGGAAGGUAGCGCGGACUUCGGCAAUAUGCCGAUAGACGAUGACGACGACGAGUAUAAUUCUGCUCCGCCCCGCUUUGCGAAUUAUCUGGUCCAGGAGAUGCAAUCCUCCGAUCACCUUAGUUCCUCAGACGAAGCAUCUGAUGACGAAGAGGACGGCGGCUGGCUUGCUCAGUCGACGUUCGAGCUGCGACCACCUCCUGUGACCGCUCGUCAGCAUGACAACGGACGGAGACCUCUGAGCUCAUCCGGAUUUGACGAUACGUUUGCGCCUCCAUCGUCGUCGCACAAUUCUUUCCAAGAUCCCUUCGAGGACGAUGCUUUCGGACCUUUCUCCGACUCGGCCGCGGCCAACGGCAGCGAUCCGUUCACGUUCGAAACGACAACUGCAGCUGACGGAUUCAUGAACGACAGUUCAUUUGAGUCUUUCGGAGAUUUCGGCGAUUUCCAGACGGCCGGCUCAGAUUCCUUCGGGGAUGGGGGCUCGCUCACACCCACCGGGGCGGAUAGCUGGAGCUUUGCGAGCGCAUCCAGUACGGGCUCCUUUGACGAAGCAGGAGGGCUGGAACGCCGAUCGGCUGAAGGUAACAGGGAGCAAGACGAACGGACUGCCCGCGACAACAACUAG